GCGAAGAUAGCGUCCAAGUACAAAAACCGAAAGUCAAUGAAGCCAAUCACUCGUGUUAGUGUCCAUAAAGAAUGACGAGUACGUGUAAAGAUUCAGGCACUGCAAGCCUGAAGGAUGAUGAAGAGUUCACGGAUAUAUUGGAGGAGAGGAGGCGUACCACUGAUCUUGGUUAUGCCCUGAGAACCUUUAAUCCUCAACCAUACAAAGGAGCCCCAACCCUUUCCACCUCCGACCUCAACAAAGCUGUACUGGAGUCCCAGUAUCUGUGCUUUAUUAUCAAAGAGAUUGCCAUGGAGACGGGGUCAUCCGUGGAGAAGGUGAAAGAAGAUGCUUCUGUGAUUUUGAAGGAAAUGUCUCACAAUCUGCAGCUGGGGUUUAUCAGGCUAAUGGGCUACACUCUAAACAAGGUGUUUAAGAGACUCUACAGGAGCAUCUAUGUCAACAUGGAAGGACUCAACAUGCUGAAGCAGGCCAUCCAGGAGAGUCCUGUGAUCUUGAUACCCAAUCACAGGAGUUAUGUGGACUUCUUGAUUAUCUCCUACAUCCUGUUCACCUACGACAUCCCAGUACCUGUCAUUGCUGCAGGAAUUCGUCUUGCAGACGUGACGAUUAUUGGAGGGAUUCUGCGUCGCUCUGGAGCUUUUUAUAUCCGACGAGCAAUUGGCUCUGACAAGCUGUACUGGGCGGUGCUUUUAGAAUACGUACAAACAAUUGUCAGGACAGGAUAUGCUCCUUUGGAGUUUUAUGUAGAAGGUUUCAGGAGUCGCACACUGAAGUCUCUGGUGCCAAAACUUGGUAUGAUGGACAUGGUGCUGGAGCCAUACUUUAAAGGUGAGGUGUUUGACAUUACCCUGGUGCCCAUCAGUAUCAGCUAUGACAGAGUGUUGGAGGAGUCAUUGCUUGCACUUGAGUUGUUGGGUGUCCCCAGACCACAAGAAAGCAUCACCGGACUCUUUAAAGCUAGCGGAGUCCUGCAGGAUGAUUAUGGCUGCAUGCAUGUGAACUUUGGCCGCCCCUUGUCUGCCCGACAGCUGUGUGAAGGAAAGAUAAAUUGGAGCGAGUACAACCUCAUACCAAGAAAUCUUCCCCAGAGGCCAACUGCAGAGACCCAGGACUGUGUGAACUGGCUGGCCCAUUUGAUUGUGCGAACCCAGGAGGAGGGCUCUUUGAUCAGCCCUUGGUCUCUGGUGGCCUGCCUGUUGCUCCAGACUCCAUUCACAACUUUAACGGAAGAGGGUCUGCAGUGGCAUCAGCUCACAGAAAAAACCCUCUGGCUCAGGAAGCUGGUGCUGGAUUUCGGGGCCCGUCUGAACUGGCCUGCACACAUCCCAGACUCAGAAGUGAUGUCAUCCACCGUGGCUCUUCAUCACUCCAUUGUCCAUCAUAAAGAGGACCGCAUCUACCUGGUUCAGGGUGAAGACUCUGCGAGGCAAGAUCCACUCAGCCCAGAGGAAGGUGUGAUGAGGAUGGCAGUAGUGGUGCUGAUGCUGGUUUCCUACAGGAAUCAGGCGUUGCAUGUCUUUGUGCGUCCAGGAAUACUUGCUAUAGCCAUCCACAUCACAAAAAGCACACGGAAGGAUGAGCUCUUCAACUUCUUCUGCUUCCUGCGGGACGUCUUCUCAGAUGAAUUUAUCUUUAUCCCUGGCAGGGCAGCGCAGGACUUUGAGGAGGCAUGUUCACUCCUGCAGAAAUGUGGAGCAGUCCACACCAGUCAGCAGGAAGUGACCGUGUUGGAAACCGGGCUGGAAGUGUUAUCCUUUCUGCAGAAGCUACUGCAACCCUUCUUAGACUCAUAUCAGCUGAUGUUCAGGUACCUGUGUGAAAAGGAAGAUCACGUGUUUACUGAGGAACAGUUCCUACCUGAUGUGCGAAACCUGGCUACAAAACUCAUCCACUCAGGUGACCUUCACACCUUUGAAGUCCUGUCUUCUGACAUGCAGAAAAAUGUUCUUUCUGCACUGCGGAGACUGGAGGCGGUGACGAAGUUGAGGGCGUCCCAGCAGAAGGAAUACAAAGUGAACAAAGCAGCUGUCAGCAGAACUGGUGACAUACUCUCUGGGAAAGUCCCUCUUGAGAGCCUCCACACUACACCUGACGCAAGACUUCAGUGUCAAGUGGAAUAAAUUCAUCCUCAGUAUCAGCUCACAGCCCCCUCCCCAAUGAACUUACCUGUCUAUUCGUUACUUCUACCUCAUUGUCAUCCCUGUGGUCUCUUUAUCUUUACACAGUCAAAUCGGUACAAAUGCAGUCUGCGCUCACAGGCAAAAUACUUGAUCCCGGAUGCUGGCCAGACUUAAUCUACUGAAUGGUGGCUACCUCUGUGUCCUUUAUAGACCUGAGAGGGCUGAGAUGAAGCUAAACGCCCUGCAGGAUAAAUGCUGGUAAUAUAAAGGUGGCCUAUUACUGAUUUUGUUUCACUUUAACCAGAAUCAGUAGGUGAAUACUAACAUUUAGGUUAAGAUAACUGUACUUUCCAUUGCUGAUCCUGUGUUUUGCCAUAGAUGUAUUGUUUACUUCGAUAGAUGUAUGACUAACUGAGAAAAUUAAUAAGAGAGCACUUUAAUUAAACUUGGUUGCCAGUAAGAUUUGGCAUAAAACACUUAAAGAAUGUUGCAAUAAGGCUCUAAACACCAUAGCAAGCAAAGAUCUCAGGUUUUGUUUGAGACAUUUUUUUUCUUAACAUUUCCACAAAGGUGAAACAAAUGUAACAAAAUGCACCAUAGUUGUCUUUCCCUACCAAUUCCCCUCAACAAUGAAUGAAAACCAGAAGUCAGAGUUCAAUCUCCUGCCCUCCCUGUAAACCAGUCAACACUGUGAUGUACUUCUAACCCGUCAGCAGUUAGAAGAAGGCCCCUUAUGUACCAAUCAGCCACAGGAAAAAGAUUAUCUGUACAUGGGUGGCACGUCGACCUUGAUGCAUAAAGCACUCAUGGGUCUUGACAAAACAUAGAGAUGUAUUACAACACUUUGGAACUGAGCGCUGCUCCCCUCAUGUUGGGCACUGUCUACACACCACACACAUGCCCUCGAGGAAGUGUAGUGUGCCUUUCCUGGCCAGGGGUUCGCUCUGAUGGAUGUAGCCGGGGAGAGAUUGGCCCUGCUGAGCAUGGUUGACCCAGUUAUACGCACUGUCAGCGAAGUGCGUGGUGGCUCAGUGCAGAGGGAGCGGGCCCAGGUACAGGUGACAAGCGGCUUUGGUCAGAGCAUGGAGCAGCUGCAGCUCAAGCACAACGUUGCAUGGAGAUAAGAAGGUAACAGCUGGAGUCUAAAUUGUCUAAACCGCAGACAACGCCUGCCACUGGAUUAAAGUCUGCUCACAAGCCGGCUGGGCGGCGGGUAUCCCGAGCAUGCAAAGCGAGACCUUUCAGCUAGUAAAUGAAGAACCGGAGAACCACCUGACCUAAAGCACAAAUCGUUCACUCUGUAAAUAAAGACUUAUCCCCCCCGUCAAUCAAGCAUCAGGCUUCUUAGAAUAGGAUUUUUUCUUUCUCAUUUUGUCUCUCAUAGUUGAGGUUUACCUAUGAUGAAAAUUACAGGCCUCUCGCAUCUUGCACAGUUGGUGGCUGACUAAAUAAUUGUUUGCCCCACUGUAUAAUGCAAAUGCUCUUUGAACGUUGUACUCCUCUUGAAAGGAAUUUUAUUAUUUAUUAUUUUACAUUUUAACAUGGAUUUCAACACUUUUAUAUUUCACACAAUAAGUUAAUUAAUAAAGCAAUCAAUACAGUAAAUUGUAAAAUAACAAAAAACCCCAUAUGUACUGAAUAAAUAAAUAAAUAGGCAUAAGAUGAAUCGUGUUUGUUUAUAAAUAAUUUGUAGUCCUAUGCAUCAUGUUGAUAACCAAAAUGUUAAUAUUUGUAAAUAAAAAAAAAUAUUACUUUUAUCAAUCAUUUAAAUUUCCUGCACUUGUGAUGACGUCCACAUGACGUUCAAAAAAAUUACCAAGUCCAAAGUUCAAAUGUUGAGUACUUUAUGGACGAUGUCCAGAAUUGGCCAUGGACUGGUGGACCCAAUAUAGACACGAUCUGCAUGUCUAAUGUUUAGUGAGGUGAGAGUCAUGUUUCCCAGGCUGCCACUGAUGACAUCCUAAACCUGCAGGAGAUAGAGGAUGUUCAAGAAGCUGUGCUACUGUCCCUGUCCAAGAAGAUGAUCCUACUGCUGCUUCAUGUAAACAAAACUGAUUUUGAUAGAGGAGGAUUAGUUAGCAUGUGAAAACUGAUGUUUUCCAAAACCUGGACUAACAGAUGAAGCGGCGUUUCAUGUCCAGAGAUGGCAAACAGAAGGUGAAGCACUUUGAUUGCAUAUUGAGUCAAACACAGUUCUCAGUGCUUCCCACAGAUUUAGAUUCUUUUUGUGGGGUGUGGUGUACAAGCUUUCUUAAAUAAUCUAAUAAGACAGUUCAAAAGAGUCUGUCCAACUGCAGUUGAGUGAUUUAGGACAGUCACAGCUGGUAAAGGAAAAAAUAGGAGCCAUAAAGGUCUGGGGCUAGCAGCUGUUCAUUUACCUACAUCUUAAAAUCUCUUUGUAGGAAACACUGGUUCUUUGUUAUAAAACUGUGAAACAUGAAUUCUGGACAAUCUGACAGUUUUCCUUAGUUUUGGUCAUCUAAAUUGCAAAUAACAUUUUUAAGUGUAACUGCAUAAGACUAAUGUCUGAAUGCCUGGAAAUAUGUUGUUGGGUUACAAUGUUUCAGGCUCUCCAGGUGUACCCUGCUUCUUGCCCUAUGCUAGUUGGAACAGGCUCCCCCGCCAGAAACUCUGAAUUGGAUAAGUGGAAGAGAAAGGACGGAUGGAACUAUAGAUGGACAAAAUAAAAUAAAAUAAAGAGUAAAAUACCGUGGCCUGCUCCCUUGUUAUCCUCUAUGUACAUAUGUUGUCUGCAUCUCCAUCUGUUCGCUGUCUCAUCGCCCACUAAAGCGAUGUCUUCCUUGUGAGUUCUGUGUUGUCUGUGUUUUUCCCUGGUCUUCUCCAGAGUUUCUUAGCUUCCAGGUUUUGCACUUCCCAAGUUGCUAGUUUGUUCCCUUGCAUUAGUUUUUGCACUUUUGUAUUUUAGUGAGUUUUCUGAAUGUUAAUUUACCCGUUUGUUUCCAAGUCCUGCUAUUGGGUAAUGCCUUGCCUGCCACACAGCCAAAUGGUGACAUUUAUGGGUCAACUUAAAUGUAAAUCAGUUUGUUGAGAAAUUAAAAUAUUAUUUGCAUAUAAUAUUUCUUAGGAACAUCUCUUUAAUACUCCAGGGUAAUGACUUUAAUCUUAACAUUAUAAUAUAAUAUUAAACUAGGAAAUUGCUUAAGACAAUAAAAUUAAACAUCACAACAUUUCCUUAGGUUAUUAAUUAGUAUAUAAUCCAGUAAGAUUUCUUAGUUUACAGAUUAACAGAACUAUCUAAGUUUCAUAUCAGAAAUGAUUAUUUAAUAGCUUGAGUACAAGAUGUAACUGCUUUUUGACAUAUAUACAUGUGUGACUGUGAAAUAGUUACACUUCGCCUCAACAUGUUUGAACCUUUGUUUCAAAACUGUUUUUUGUUAUUUGUUUUUUAAGAUUUGUUCAAAAUACCAUAAAAAAGUUACGAGACUGAAACUUAGUUUAAUUUUAUCAUUCACACAUCACCUAUACACACGUGUAUCUGUAAAACAAUGACAUAAAAAAUUGUAUAGAUUAAAGUUAAAAGGUUUAACACAAAUUUAACCACUGCAUGCUAUUAACUAUUUAAUCUAAAAAGCAAAUUAUUACCAGUGAACUGGUAACAACUGCAUCCAUGGGAGAAACCCACCACUGACAUGCUGUAGACAAAAAGAAUGCAAGACUUGACUCACAUUUGGCAGAAAACAUCUUGAUGAUCCCCAAGACUUUUGGGAAAAUACUCUGUGGACUGACGAGACAAAAACCUUUUGGAAGAUGUGUGUCCCAUUACAUGUGGUGUAAAACUAACACAGCAUUUCAGAAAAGGAACAUCAAACCAACAUCAAACCAGCAGUAAAUUAUCGUGAGACCUGGAAAACUUGCUGUGGUAAAUGGAACAAUAAAUUCUGCUGUCUACCAAAACAUCCUGAAGGAGAAUGUCCAGCCAUCUGUUUGUGACCUCAAGCUGAAGCGCACUUGGGUUUUGCAGCAGGACAAUCAUCCAAACCACAGCAACAAGUCCACCUCUGAAUGGCUGAAGAAAAAGAAAAUGGAGAAUUUGGAAUGGACCAGUUAAAGUCCUGGCCACCCUUAGCAGUUGUUGCUGCUAAGGGUGGCCAAACCAGUUAUUAGGUUUAUGGGGCAAUCACAUUUUCACACAGGGCCCUAAAGUUUUGGAUUUUUUCCCCUAAAUACCGUCAUUUAGAAACUGCAUUUUGU